AUGAUCACUAAACUUUUACUAACCCUACUAAUCCACCUCGUUUAUGGGUCGAACAACUUGUUGUACAAGGAUGGAGAUACGUAUCUGUUACCGGCACAGAGGAAGUGUAAGUAUUUUGAUAUUUGAUUGAUUUUGAUUGGCACGAAGGUUCAGCUGGUAUGGGGUUGUUUAGGUGGUUAAUAUUAGGCGAAUUCUGGGUCAAAUUUGAUGCUUCCAAGUUUAAAAAGCUUGUAGAGAAGCUAGUCUUGCUUAUUUUAAAUAGUUAAACUCAUAGUAAAUAGUUUAAAAAUUGAAACGAAGCUGUGGCACAUCUGGUGGUCAUGAAUAAUAUAAUUUUGAUUGUUCCUUCUAUUCUGUUGCGUGAAACCCGUUAACUUUUGAUUGUUAUAGAAAGAUAAUGUUAUUUAGUAUGUUACUUUUUUAGAAAAAAUUAUUUUAUGUGUUUAUCUUAGUUAUAUAAUGGCAAUAAAAGUCAAAUAUAGGUCUAUUUCUUUUAAAAUCUGAAGAUUUUUGGUAUUAACUGGCUUUUUUUGCCUUAAAUCGCUUAUAUUUAAUAAAUAUAUGUCUACUAACAUCAAAAAAGCAAAAAAAAAACAUCUAACACUACUAAUGCUAUCUAAUUUUUACAGGGACAGUUAACGAUCAGGAAGGCAAGUUAACAGAGCUGGUUUUGUGCUGUUAAUUGUCCUUUUGUUACCUAAAUUUUGUUUUUAUUACCCAGAAAUCAUUGUGUUUAUCCUUUGUUGUGUUGUCCUUCUAUUCUUACCUAUUUCGCUUAGUAAUUCAUACCUGAUAUAGCGAUUUUACCAAUUUUUAGCAACGGUUCCAUAAAACCUCAAGUGUAAUAUAUUUUUAGUUUGUUUGGGCACGUCUAACGGCCGAACUGCUGCCGGCGCAUUGGUAAAUGAGACAAGAUACGAAAUGUUAUUGAAGAGUUUUGUUCGUUGUAAACGAAUCAUUGGUAAUUUGGAGAUUAGUCACAUUAGUCAGAGGGAUCUUAUCUUUGAUGUGGACAUACGACGAUUGCCAAAUGGGACGGAGGUGCAGACGAGGAGGACACCGUUUUGGUUUUUACAUGAUUUAGAAGAGGUAUUUUGAUUAACUUUGAUAAGAUUUGUUGUUAACGUCCAUUACAUUAUUUUUUUGUUACCUAAAAAUUUUUUAGUAUAAAGUAAAAAAUUAUUUAUUAAAGAAUGUAUAUUGUAAAUAAAGCUGUAAAAAGUGGUGUUUGAAAACAAUUUUCAAAUAAAAAACGAUUAAACCGAUAUUAUUUUAGAUAACGGGAUACCUGUUGUUGUACAACGUCGAAGUCAAGGAAAUAUCGUUCCCAGCGUUGAAGAUCAUAUGGGGAGACAAGUUACAUGAUGGAAAUUCUUUACAGUUGGAUUCUAAUCCUUUUUUGAAGGUUGUAAAUCUACCACAGUUGAGGGAAAUACAUCAAGGAAAGAUAUUGAUAAGGAGAAGUCCGAGGCUUUGUUUUUUCAGGCAAACGGUCGAUUUUAGCGAGGUAAAUAUAAUUCUUAAUAGCUUAAGAGUCUAAAAAACUCAUGUUGAUUAAAAUUGUUACUUUUUAUUUGAAAAACAGCAACAUUUAUCAAUUUUUAAAAAAUUUUUGGAACUGAUGGUCAAGUACAAUAUAAAAAUUGCUUUUUUAGUUACUAGGCUCUGAUUAUCAACAAAGGCUGGUCUUUGUUGAUGAAAACGCUCCGGAUUGUGCUGGUGAAUUAGUUUGUCAUUCUCAAUGUAACGGAAAUUGCUUUGGACCAACUGAAAAGGAGUGUCAGACAGGUAGGUAUUGAAGCCGAAGGGAAGAUUUUCUAGUUUUUUGGACAUUUUCAGCCUCGAUUUAAUUUUUUCUAUCAAACCACAUUUCUAUACCUAAAAACUUACAGUAUACCGUCGACAAUGUUUGGGCUGCUCAUCUGGUCAAUGUUAUCAAGACAAGGCCAACAAUACCCAUUGUUGUGAUGAAGCAUGUCUUGGCGGGUGCUAUGGUGAUGGUAAAGAUCAAUGUGUGGCCUGUUUGAACUACGAAGAAGAUGGUCGAUGUGUUACGGAAUGUAGAGGUACUUCGAGGUACAAUAGUGCACUGAUGAUAAUGCAACCCAUGCCUGACAGUGAGAAAAGGUACUACUACGAGAAGCACUGUGUACAACAAUGUCCGGCUGGCACGUUGAUUGAGGACCGGUAUUGUGUUGCCAGGUGUAGCGAGGGGAAGUACAGGGAUCCGAGUGGUAAGUGGUGGUAGGGAGGAAUAUGUUGGGGGUGGGUAUGGUUAAAGUAGGGUAGUUUUAUUAAGAUAGGGUCUAGGUACCGUAGGGCAUAUGUAGGCCUUAAGUAUCAUACAGUAUGACCCAAGUAUGGUAGAUCACCUCAUCCCAUAACUUCUAGUUUCAAAUUUUAGGUGAUGAACGUCACUGUGUCCCAUGCGACGGUACAUGCCCCAAGGUCUGCACUCUGAACGAACCAAUCAACUCCCAUAACAUAAAACAACUGGUUAAUUGUUCGGAGAUCGAAGGCAAUAUUGAAGUACUGAACCACGUGUUCAGUCCACAUUUACCUCUACUCAAAUCACAUCAAAUGGACAAAAAUCGACCGGUCUUGAUCGAACCGUUGAAGUUGGAAGACUUGAAUAUGUUGAAGACUGUCAAGAUUGUCACUGGACAUGUUGCACUUGAUGGAGGCGUCAAAAGGGGUGGGUAUUUAAUAAAUUGUUGGAGUUUCGAGUAUCUUUGAAUUGACAAUGAGAGGAAUGAAUUGAUAAUGGCAGGUUUAUUUAAUUUUGAAGAGAAAUUAAAAUUGAAGGUGGGGCGCAGGUUGGAAAGAUUAUUGCAGGCUGCGGGGACAUUUUAUACAAUCGGAUGUUUUCAAAAAGGAUUGCGUUGUAAAAUACGGAUUGUUGAAUAGUUUAAAAUAUAAAAUAAAAAUUUAUAUUGAGUAUAGAAAUAGUAGAUAGUAGACAAAGUUUAGAAAAAGUUAGAUUUUAUAUCAUUCAUGGCUCUGAUCUCAUGGAUAAUAUAGUUUUCUGGUUGUUUUUGACUCAAACCUGAAGGUUUUUUUGAUAUUUGCGAAUUUAUAUAAUUAAUAUUGGUUUAAUCUUUAAAAAUCAAUUGAUUUAAUACAACAAAAAAUGAACAAUCAUUUAAAAAUGGCGGAUUUUAGGAGCUGACGGACCAAGAUCACUUGAUUUCCUCGAAAGUUUGGAAGUAAUCGAAGGAAGAACACUAUACUUCAAGAAAUAUUCGAUAUAUGCCAUUGGCAAUGAUUAUUUACAGUCUUUGGGAUUGAAUUCAUUGAGAAAGGUGGCUAAUGGAGGGGUUUCGUUGACCAAAAACAAGAAUUUGUGCUAUGGACAAGGUAUACCAUUCAAGAAGCUGUAUGGCAUCAAGGACAUUGUCAUAAAGGAGAACAUGAACAACCAGACUUGUGGUGGGUUUGGAAUUUACCUCUUGUUAAAUAUAAAAAAAAAUUUUGAUUUAAAAGGUUAAACAAGUCUUGUCGCCGAUUUACAUUAUUUUUAAUGGUCAGAAACGACAAGACUUUUUUAGACUUUUUCAGAGUUAUAAUUAUAUAUCAGAAAUAACUUCUUUGUCGUUAUCAAAAAUUACUCCGUGUUUUACAUUUCCAGAGCACCUGGGCCGAGUAUGUGAUUCAACUUGUCAUCCCGAAUAUGGUUGUUGGGGGCCAGGACCAGCUCAAUGUGUAAAGUGCUUGAACUUUACAAAAGACGGAUAUUGUUCCGAGACUUGCCCUACUCAUGAUGGGUAUGUUUUUAGUUUUUGGUGUGGUUGUAUUAGGUUGCUCGAAUAAUUUCGUGCCUUUCUCAAAUCAAGUUUUUGUGUGGACAUAGGAUUAUUUGAACAACUUAAUGAAUUUGAACUUUUGGCUUAAUUUUAACGAUUUUUUGACAUUUUUUUGAAAAUUUUAAUUUUUCGAUUAGAAAAAAAAUGUUUUUGAGAUUUUAAGCUGAAAUUUGAAAUUUUAGGUAAUAAUUUAGUAAAAUAUGGAUGUUUUUUGAAUUUAGGAUUAAUUAUUAUAUGUAAAUGGUAUAGAAAGAACAAUAAAAUUGAAAAAUUUUUAUAAAUUUUAAAAAAAUUUAAAUUAGCGAAAUUUUAAGAAGUUUAACAAAAAUCACUUUCAGAUACUUUAUACCACGCCAAAACCGCGCCGAAUGCAAACCAUGUGCCGAUGAAUGUCUCCGCUGCAACGGUCCAACCGACUCGGAUUGCACACGUUGUCGGUGGUUUGAAAUGCCAAAAACAGUCGGUAACAAGAUGAAAUGUGUCCGCCAAUGCCCAGCGGACACUUACCAGGAAUCGCAUCAAUGUAAGAAAUGCAACCCAGCUUGUUACGAGUAUGGUUGUACUGGAAAUGGCACGUUUUUGGGCAUGGGAGGCUGCAAUAAGUGCCUGUUUGCGGUCAGAAAUGGCAAAGGAAUCAACUGUUUAAUGGGCGAAUCAGAGGAGACUGUUUGUAAGAAUAAUGGGUAUGAAGAUCAUCAUCUUAGUCUGGCUUCGACUAAGGAUAAAAAUACUAAAUUUGUGAGUUUUAACGAUUAUUUGAACUUAAAAAUAGUUUUCGGCGUUGUUUAUGCUGUACUUACCUCUAUAAACUUUUAAUAAAGAUAUUUUUAAAAAAAUUUUUAAAUUUAAAAUAAGAUUUUUUAUGGUAUAAUUAUAGUAAAAUUAAUUUUAGAUGUGUGAGAAGUGUCCAGAAGAGUGCAGCUCAUGUUCAAGAGCAACAACAUUAGCCAACGACUGUGAAUGUGCCAAGUUCACUUUGAUAACACCUUUGAGUUACAUGUUGAAUGGGUCGGAUCUCAUGGAUUUUCCAGAUGAAUGCACGCUGACUUGUGGACAGUAAGUACUGUUUUACUAUAGCAUCGUUCUUUAUCUUGUUUUACUCUGUUCUAUAUUACUCUCCUAUCUUAUGCCUUGCUCUAUGACGUCCUGCUCUAUCUUACUCUACCUUAUCCUAACCUAUUUGCCUUAUUCUAUCUUAUCCUACUCUACCCUAUUUACUCAACCUUACUCUAUUUUAUUCUACUUUACUUUAUACUUCUUACCUUACUUUGGCCUACUAUACCCUGAUCUAAGUUAGCCUACUUUACUCUAUUCUAACCCUACGUUUACCUUUAUUCUGCUUUACCAUACUAAAUUAAAUUGUGUUGUUCAGAGGCUCUCGACUACUGGAGAAUUCGAACAACGGUACAGGACAGAUCUGUGAACGAUGUCAUGAACUAUGUGAUCCAGAAUUCAGCUGCUUUGGUUCGACUGAGUUUGAAUGUGAACAGUGUCGAAUUGGAGGAAUAUACACAGACGAUGACACUAUAGUAAGCUAUUUUGUCAAAGUUACUUAAUUUUUGAAUAUUUUAGUUUACUGUAGGAUUACUAUAAUGUACUUUAAUUUGUACAUUUUUGAAAAAACUGAACUUUUUUGGGAUUUAAAGGUACAAUAGUGGUUAAAAUACAGCUUUUUUUAUCAGAAAAUCUGACAUUAUCUUGUAGGAAUGCCUACCAGCAUGCCCAGACGACCUACCCUAUCCAUACCUUGGCGUAUGUCGAGCAGAAGACACAGAAGCUAUUUUAGCAAGACGUCGCAAACUUAUCAUUGGAGUGGUAGCAGCGGCUUUCAUUCUAGCUUCGGUCAUAAUACUGAUCUUGGUGUCGAGAUGUGUAAAGUACAGAAAGAAGUACGAAAAGGAGGCCAUGAUGCAUAUGCCUGAGAUCCCUGAACUCGAUACUAAUAAGGUAGGGGGAGGAAUUUUUAAAAUUUUUGAAAGAUGUUUAGUUUUUUGGUAAUAAGUUUAUGAUUUUGAGGAGUUUAGGUAAUAAAACGUUAAAGAAAGAUAUAAAUUAAGAAUUGAAAAUGAUUUAGGUAGUAAAACCUGAAAAAGUGUUUUUAGGUAACAAAAUUUAAAAAUUUGGCGUUUUUUCUUAAAUAGAAAGUUGAAAAACUUUGGAAUCUUCUCUAGAAAAUACAAUAAAAAUUGGAUUUCAGAGAACACAACGGCCGAAUAUGGGCAGAUUUACUCUGAUCAGUACGGACGAAUUGGAUGAUACUGGAAGAAACAUCCUUGGCCAAGGGGCUUUUGGCAUUGUUUAUGCUGUAGGUUUGCUUGUUUUUUAAAAUAUUUUGGUUUUCUGGCAAAAAAGUAUGGAAUUUUGUUUUUUGAGGUCAAAAAGUUUAUGGAAAUGUGUUUUUUAUAUAUUAUACUAUCUUACUCUUACUACUAUAUAUUUUGUUAAAAUUUCUUUGACUUUUAAAAUUUUUUAAACUUUUUUAGAACUUUUUAGUAUUUUCAUAACUUUAUCAAUCAUUAUAGGGCAAAUGGACCCCACCAGGCAGAAACACCUCUAUCCCAGUAGCCAUCAAAGCCAUAAACCCAGCCGAAACCAAGAAUGUCACAGAGAACGAGAUGCUGAAAGAAGCCGGUGUCAUGGGCAAGGUCAGACACGAACAUCUUCUCCCCCUCGUAGGGGUCUGUUUCGCCAAAUCUGGAAUCAAAAUUAUCACAAUCUUGCGACCGUUGGGCUCUUUACUCAAGUUCCUACAACAAUAUAAACAACGAUUGGGAGCGAAACAACUCGUACUCUAUCAGUACCAAAUCUCAUCGGCCAUGGAGUUCUUGGCCAGGAAGAAGAUUGUCCACAGAGAUUUGGCUGCUAGAAACGUGUUGGUUAAGAAUAUUAACCAUGUUGAGGUUACUGACUUUGGUCUAGCACAGUUAUUGCAAAACAACGAGAAUACUGUGGUUAUUAAGGAGGGCAGGGUGGCGGUUAAGGUAGGAUGCUUUGAAACGUUUUGCAAAUUUUUAUUUUUUUUAAAUUUAAAGUGGCAUUUAACUUUUUUUUUCACAUUUAAGCUAGCUUUUUAAAGCUUUAGGGAUAUUUUUUAAAUUUUAAACAAAUUUCGAAAUUUUACUUUUAAUUUGAGGUAGAUUUUAAAUUUUUGAAAAUUUAAAGGUACUGUAACUUACUGUGUUCUUAUGACUUUAUUUUUCAGUGGCUAGCCCUAGAAUCCUUGAGAUCGCACGUUUUCAAUGAAAGAACUGACGUCUGGGCCUUUGGCGUUACAUGUUGGGAGAUCUUGACCUUUGGAGAACCACCGUACCGUGAGCUACAGGCCAUUUUACAGCCAAUCACUACGAAUUACAACUUUGCCACAGAAUUUGCGAAUUUACUGGAAAGAGGUCACAGACUAAAACAACCUUUCAACUGCUCACAGGAACUCUACGAACAACUUUUGAACUGUGGGUUUUAAAAGAAAUUUAAAUUUUUGUUUGAUUUUUAAAAAAUUUUUUAUUUUUUUUAUUUUAAUUUUUUAAUUUUUAAAAUUUUUGAUUUUUUUGCAAUUUUCCAGGCUGGCUAAACGACGCCGAAAGUCGCCCGACCUUCCGUCAGCUAAAAGAGAAGUUCGAAAGCUUUGCCCGAGCACCCCACCUCUAUGUCCAAGAUCGACAAGCAGUCAGUCAAAUGGAAUCGAUAUCUGAUAAGGAACAGCGGUCAAUGAUCGAACAAAUGCUUCAGGACAGUGACUUUGAGAAUCCAUUAGAGCUGGAUCCAACCGAUUAUGGUCCGAUUCGACGGGGUAGAAGCGAAAAUACGGAAGAAACUUUCCUUCCAGACACUCCGACUAGCAGUCAGUUUGGCCAUAGGAAUCCGGUAGGGGUUUUUUGUAUUUUGGGGGUGGAGAGCGUUUUUUUUAGAUUUUAGGAGGAGGGAGGGGGGGGGGAGUGUAGUUGUUUUUUGGUUUGGAGGUGGUUUGACCUUCAGUACUACACGGUACUGUUUUGUAGCUAAAAAAUAUUUUAUGAUAUUAUUUUAGUUUGGUGACAGAAGCAUCAGCAUGAACUCAACCAUGCCUCGAACCUCUGAAAGUCAACGAGAAGACAGCUAUCUUCAACCAAAAUGUGCACUUGAACCAACGGAGAACGGCACGGUUUACACGCCUGUCAUUGUUAAUUCGAGUGGUAAGGCUUCAAAAAGAUAUUAUUAGAUCUAGUUUACAGAUUUGAAAUUUUUGGUUUUGGCUCUAACCCCGGCUUUGCGUUUUUUUGGUUUUGAGUUUUGGCUUAAUUUUUGGCUCGGCUUUUUUCAAGUUUGUUUUGGUCUGACCUGGGGCUUGAUCGGACUUAGCGGGUUCUCUGCCUGGUCUAGUUUCUUGGCAUUUUUGUUUUUUUAUUAUUAGAGGUUUUGUAACACAAGGUUGACAAAAGCUAGAGCAACGACGGCCUCAUGGGAAGGGGUUUCUACUAUUUUUAAAAAAUCUGUAGCGAUGUCAAUGCGCUAGAGGUACCUAUAGCUAUUGAUAUACUAAGUUAAUAUACGACUUUAAGACUCUCCAUCCCACGAAUACCUCAACGAUCCCUAUCAAAAGCUGCUUCAGUCCAACAAUCAUAAUGGCAAUGUGGAAACCGCCUUUUGA